AUGGCAGAGAGCUCAGUGUCUAUGGCAAACUUGGAGACGUCCUUCCAGAAGUUUGCAGCCCAUGGAGACUCCAAGGCCACAGGGAAGGAGAUGAACGGCAAGAACUUUUCCAAGCUCUGCAAAGACUGCAACAUCAUCAACGGGAAGGGCGUCACCUCCACGGACAUUGACAUCAUUUUCAGCAAAGUCAAGGCAAAGUCGGCUCGUGUGAUCACAUUUGAGCAAUUCAACCAGGCACUGAUAGAGUUGGCUCCCAAGCGCUUUAAAGGCAAAAGCAAAGAGGAGGCCCUGCAAGAGAUCUACGGUCUCAUUGUGGGGAAGGAGCCCGCUAAUGUCGGAGUCACUAAAGUGACAAAGACCGGUGGCGUGGACAGACUGACUGACACCUCCAAAUACACGGGAGCACACAAGGAACGGUUUGAUGAGUCUGGCAAGGGGAAGGGAAAGACCGGGCGCGAGGAUCCUGCAAACACCAGUGGCUAUGUGGGAUCUUACAAGGGCAGCGGCACUUAUGAAGACAAAGUGAAGAAAGCAUAA